CAGGGCAUUAGAAGAGGAAGAGUUCCAGUGGGGAGACUUGAAAUCAAACAUCACUUCAGGAUCUGACGGAGUCGCCCAGUUUAUUGUAACCCGAAUGUCAUUUGAUUUUGAACAUGGAACGAAACAGCACCAUUCACAGUGGGGAGAAACUGUACACGUGUUGUAUGUGUGGACAAGGCUUCAGCAGAUCACCUGCCCUGUCACAGCAUAAAUACAGGCACACUAGGGAGAGGCCAUUCGUCUGUUCUGAGUGUGGAUUCACGCAAUCAUCUACCCUGCUGAAACCCCAGCCAGUUCACACAGAGGACAGACCGUUUAAAUGCUCAGACUGUGGGAAGUGCUAUAAAAGCUGUGGUGCCCUAAAGCUGCAUCAACGUGUUCACACUGGCGAGAGACCCUUCAGUUGCUCUCAUUGCGGGUCUGGAUUCAAGCAAUCAUCUGACCUCAUUGAACACCAGCGGAUUCACACUGGGGAGAGACCAUUCACCUGCUCAGAAUGUGGGAAGACAUUUGCUCGGAAAUCCACCCUACUGAAACACCACCAAGUUCACACAAGGAAGAGACCUUAUAAAUGCCCAGACUGUGGGACAUGCUAUAAAAGAUCUGGGGACCUGAUGUUACAUCAACGUGUUCACACUGACGAGAGACCAUUCGGGUGCUCCCACUGUGGGGCUAGGUUCAGGCGGUCAUUCCAACUCACUGUACACCAGCGAACGCACACCGGGGAGAGGCCAUACACCUGCACUGAGUGUGGGAAGGGAUUCGCUCAGAAAUCCAGCCUGCUGAGUCAUCAGCGAAUUCACACGGAGGACAGACCUUUUAAAUGCCCAGACUGUGGGAACUGCUACAAAAGUUCUGGGGUUCUGAUGUCCCACCAACGUGUUCACACUGACGAGAGACCAUUCAGGUGCUCCUACUGUGGGACUGGAUUCAGGCAAUCAUUCCAACUCACUGUACACCAGCGAACACACACUGGGGAGAGGCCAUACACCUGCACUGAGUGUGGGAAGGGAUUCACUCAGAAAUCCAACCUGCUGCGUCACCAGCAACUUCACACAGAUGAGAGACCCUUUCAAUGCCCAGACUGUGAAAAGUGCUUUAAAAGAUCUGGGGACCUGAUGUUGCAUCAACGUAUUCAUAGUGAUGAGAGACCGUUCAGCUGCUCUCACUGUGGGGCUGGGUUCAAGUGGUCAACCCAACUCGCUGUACAUCAGCGAUCUCACACUGGGGAGAGACCGUACACCUGCACUGGUUGUGGGAAGGGCUUCACUCUGAAAUCCAGCCUGUUGAAACACCAGCGAGUUCAUGAGCAUUGACAGUGACUGAUAUGUUCACAGUAAAAAACAAUCCCUGCUUUGUAGUGUCCCUCCCUCUCUGCAAGAAGGUCUGGAUGACAAUGAAACCAAACCACUUCUUAAAAUCUCUAAUGUAUCUUAGUGCUCUUUAAAGUGAUCUAUUUUUUGAUUGCA